AAGCCGAUCAGCUGAUGAAACUGUGAACAACAUCUAGCUGUUGGGCAGCGAAAUUAUCCUAACAAGAUAUAAAAAAAAAAAUAACGGCAUCUUUGUGAUUGACACUGCAUACCAUGUUUGUCUAUUAAAAGAGUAUUGCGUUUUUUUGUGUGUAGAAGGUGAAGGAACUUUCUUAGGUUACGAAACAACUGGGCAAACUAGCUAGCUGCUUGUACUAGGCUACUAGCUAGGAUAAUCUUGUUGGCUUGAUGGGGGUUGGCUCUUGAGAAAUGGGUCGUUUCAGUUGAUGUAGAGUAACUGACAAAUAUGUAAGUGUUUUCUUUUGAUAUCGGCGGAUUUGUUGAUGUUUUUGUACAGAGUUACCGUUGCCAAUUUCUACUGUCAAAUUUGCUUAGCCAACAACAACAGCUAAACAAACACUAGGCUAUCUAACGUUAGCUAAUAACAAUGUUAUUGCUGGUUGACAGCUAUCGAUUGCUUGCAGGUGGGGCUAGCUGUAUGUCUGGACAUGUAUGCAGGAAAUCGUUGUGAUUGUUUUGCUGUCAGACAGGCAGAUCUGUAAUUUAGUCAUUUGAUGACAUAUGGCUAUGUCAAAGUGAUCUGUCACAGUUCAUUUUGAAUAUUGAUCUGCUAAGUGUUUUGGGGAAUAUAGAAGAGGCACCACUACCAUAAAGAAGAAAACAUUUAAAUAUUCAACACCUUAUAUACUAUAGCCAUAAACCUAUUCUACAUCAGUUUGGUUUCGCAAUCCUAGUGCAGUAUUAGACUCUUCAGCCACAGUUCCUCAGGCACAGGUUAUCGGCUUAAAAGCGCACUUGUUAGCAGCACCACACCGAGGGUGAUUAUUAUGAGUGGUCAAGGUCCGUCAGUAGAUAAGGGGAUAAACACCAUCCUGGUGUGUCAGGAGAGCUACGCCUGCGGCGGAUCGGACGAGGCCGCGUUCGAAUGCGACGAGUGCGGCAGCCUGCAGUGCGUCCGCUGCGAGUUCGAGCUCCAUCGCCAGGAACGCAUGAGGGACCAUGACAGGGUCCGCAUCGCCUCCGGACACGUUCCAUUCUGUGACUCCUGUAAGAAGGACAACAGCGGCUGUGGGGUGAACGGGGGUAGGCUGAGGGCGGUGGUGCGCUGCCAGGGCUGUAAGAUUAACCUCUGUCCGGACUGCCAGAAGCGGACCCACAGCGGGGUGAAUAAGAGGAAGCACCCCGUGACCCCCUACCCUCCUCCGGUGAAAGCCCAGGAUAGUAGCCUGGAUGGAGGGGAGAUGGAGGCCCUCAAAGCCAAACUGGAGAAGGUGUGCAGUUUCUUACUGGUGGAUGAGAAGGAGGAGAUUCAGUUGAAGGAUGAGGAAGACUUUGUGCGCCGGCUGGACUGCAGGCCAGAGGAACUCCUCAAGGUGGUGUCUAUAUUUGGAAACACGGGGGAGGGGAAGUCCCACACCCUGAACCAUACCUUCUUCCUGGGGCGGGAGGUGUUCCAGACGUCCCCCACCCAGGAGUCAUGCACCGUGGGAGUCUGGGCUGCCAUGGACCCCAUCCACAGGGUGGUGGUGAUCGACACAGAGGGACUGCUGGGGGCAGGAUCCAAUCAGGGCCAGCGUACCCGGCUGCUCCUCAAAGUCCUUGCCGUCUCAGACCUCGUCAUCUACCGUACCCACGCCGACCGUCUCCACGAGGACAUGUUCAGUUUCCUAGGUGACGCUUCGGAAGCCUAUCUGAAGCACUUCACCAGGGAGCUGAAGGCCACCACGGCCCGGUGUGGCCUGGACGUCCCUCUGUCCACUCUGGGACCAGCUGUUAUUAUCUUCCAUGAGACCGUCCACACCAAACUACUGGGAUCAGACAAGCCAUCAGAGUCUGCAGAGCGUCUGCUCCAGGAGCGUUUCAGGAAGCUGGGUCUGUUUCCCGAGGCCUUCAGCUCCAUCCAGUACCGCGGGACUCGAACCUACAACCCCCCGACAGAUUUCAGUGGUCUGCUGCGGAGCCUGGAGCAACAGCUAGACAACAACACCACCCGCUCACCACGCUCCGCCAGCGUCAUAUACAGGGCCCUGCAGGCCCUGAGUGAACGUUUCAGUGGGGAUAUCCCAGAAGAGCACCUGGCCAGUAACUCUUUCUUCCCUGAUGAGUACUUCACCUGCUCCUCUAUCUGUCUCAGCUGUGGGUCUGGCUGUAAGAACAGUAUGAACCAUCUGAAGGAGGAAGUGGACCACGAGGCUAAACACCGCUGUCACUACUCUGCUCAGAAUGACAACCGUAUCUACACUUGUAAGGCGUGCUAUGAGGGAGGGAAGGAGGUGAUUGUGGUUCCCAAGACGACAGCCUCCUCUGACUCUCCCUGGUUUGGUCUGGCCAUCUACGCCUGGUCAGGGUAUGUGAUAGAGUGUCCCAACUGUGGGGUGAUCUACAGAAGCAGGCAGUACUGGUACGGGAACCAGGACCCGGUGGACACGGUGGUCAGAACUGAAAUAAAACACAUCUGGCCUGGGUCGGAUGGUUUUCUGAAGGACAACAACAAUGCAGCUCAGAGACUGUUGGACGGUGUGAACUACAUCUCCCAGAGUGUGUCAGAGCUCAGUGUGAAACCUGCCAAAGCUGUCACUUCCUGGCUCACCGACCAGAUCGCCCCGGCCUACUGGAAACCCAACUCCCUUAUCUUGAAAUGUGCUAAGUGCAGUGAGGUGUUCCAGGACAACGAUACUAAGCACCACUGCCGUGCCUGUGGAGAGGGCUUCUGUGACGGCUGCUCCUCCAUGAACCGUCCUGUUCCAGAGAGGGGCUGGGGGCUCGCCCCCGUACGGGUCUGUGAUGCCUGCUUCCAUAACCGGGGCAUCUCAGAAGAGCUGCUGGAUGCAGCGUUGGAGGAGGAGGAGGGAGGGACACUCAGUAGGAGAGUAGGAGAGGCUGUUCAGAAUACACUAGGAGCUGUGGUCACCGCUACAUACAUCCCUCUGGGCCUGGUGAAGGAUGCAGCUCGUCCAGCCUACUGGGUUCCAGACCAGGACAUCCGGUGCUGCUGUGAGUGUCAGAGAGACUUCUCCGCCCCGCGUCUCUCCAUCCACCACUGCAGGGCCUGCGGCCAGGGCGUGUGUGACGACUGCUCCCCUGAACGCAGAGCGGUGCCCUCUAGGGGCUGGGACCACCCGGUGCGCGUCUGCAACACCUGCCGCCAGAAACCUGGGGACCUCUAGCAGGAGACAGGAGACUGGGGAGACAGGAGACAGGAGACAGGAGACAGGAGACAGGAGACUGGAGACUGGAGA